UGUUUUGAAACGUGACAUUUGAGCGUGGUAAGUUGCGCAAUGCUGUAUCAAGUCCAACUAAAGCACUGCCCCUUGUGCCUCUGAAUGUUGCAAGGCUAAGUCAGGUUAAUUCUUGCACCAGCUGAACUGUACGAGAUGAUCGAAGCGGUGAGAAGAUUAGAGAUGUUGUUCUGAGUUUUCAGCAAUCUCAGAGUCAGUGGAAACCUCAAGGAAGAUGUUUAAUUGGGUCGAAGAGUGGAACAUCUCUUUUGCAGGCUGUGGAUUCAGGAGUAUUUAUUACGUGGGAGCCCUGAGCUGUAUUCUCGAGCGCGUCCCACAACUGGUUCAUGGCGCCUCUAAAAUCUGUGGAGCGUCAUCUGGAUGUCUAGUGGCUGCAGCUGUGACUGUUGGGAUUCCCAUUGACCAGCUUUGUGCCGACCUUAUGACCACCGCAAAGGAGGCAAGAAAACACACCCUGGGAGUUUUCCACCCGACCUUUAGUCUGCUGCGGACAGCACGGGACUCCCUGCUGGAGAAGCUUCCAGAAGACGCCCACCUUCGGGCCUCUGGAAAGCUGUGUGUGUCCCUCACCCGACUGUCUGAUGGGAAGAACGUUCUGGUGUCAGAGUUUGCCAGCAGAGAGGAGCUGAUUCAGGUUCUUAUGUGUAGCUGCUUUUUUCCUGUUUACUGUGGUUUCAUCCCACCUUCAUACCGAGGAGUGCGCUACAUGGAUGGAGCCCUGAGCAACAACAUGCCCCUGUUCGAGCAGCGAAACACCAUCACUAUGGCUCCAUUCUCAGGGGAGAGCGACAUCUGCCCCAGAGAGGGUACAUUCAAUUUGUUCGAGGUCCACUACGGCAACGUUAGCAUUCAGGUUAACACUGGCAAUGUGCAUCGUGUCUGCACAUCCUUCCUUCCUCCCACACUUGAGAAGCUGGCUGAAAUCUGCCACAACGGCUACAUGGAUGCUCUUUGUUUCCUGAGAGAAAGUGAUCUUCUUCAAGCACAGUAUAGUCCCCGCAGUGUGGGGGUGAAAGUGGGCAGAGUCAAACCACCUUGUUGUGAGCUGAUGAACGAAGUGGUUCAAGCAGAAGAGAGGAGGAAGAAGACGAUGCUGCUGAAUGGACAAAACCAUCAUCAGGAAGAUCACAGGUGGCUACACCACAAAGCCCUAGAAGACCUCCCUGUGGCCAUUAAGAAAGUGCUGUGUGAGCAAUGCAGAAACAGUUAUGAUGGCAGCAGUUGGCAGUCACAGCGAACAGACCUUCUUCCUAUAAAACUGCUAUAUUUCCUGCUGACCGUCCUCAUCCUACCCAUCAAGCUGAUCCUCUUCUUCACCAAAAGCAUGAUUUUAUCCAGCAGUGCACUGAUUUGCAGGCAGUGCAUCAGAGGAGAUGACCCCAACAGGAAGCCGGAGUACUCGGAGAAAACCCACGCAUGCACAAGGAGAACAUGCAAACUCCAUGCAGAAAGAUCCCAGGAAGCCCGGGACGCAAACUGGGGAUCUUCUAGCUGCAAGACGAAACUGCUAACCACCAAGCCACUGUGCGGCCAUAUAAAUGGAAAUGUUCCAGAUAUUUAUUAUCCCAGUGUGUUCAUAGAAUGUCCAAAGAAAUUUGACAAGCAGAAUUUUUUUUUUCAAUUUUCACAGUAAUUUAAAUGGAGAAAUAGAAAAUUGGAUCUCUUUGCAAUGAGAUUUCAGCUCUCACCAAAGAUUUACAAUAAUACUCAGAUCAGGACACAUUGCUGGCCAGUUCUCUUCAACCAUUCUUGUGUUCUUUUUAGUGGGUGUGUUGGAUCUUUAUUGUGUUAAAGAACCCAUGACCUUCUUUGACUCAAACCUUUUCUUACACUCGGUGGCACAUUCUGCUCUAAAAUCCUUUGGUAAUCCUGUGAUGACGUAAUUCACUCUCUAUGGUUCAGACCUCCAGCAACAGAAGUAGAAAAACAAAACGAUAGAUCUUCCACCGUGCUGAACUGUUGGCAAAGUGUUCUUUUACUUAGAAGUUUCAUUUAAUUGUCUAUACACAAAUUGCUGGUGUGCAUUACCACAGAACAGGCACCCAUAGGGAUUGUAGUUUGUUCCCUUUUGUCUUUUCACCAGUGGAGACCUCCUUGGUCUUCGGAUAUAAAGCCGUUAUUGGUUUACUGUGCAGCAAGUGGGACAUGUUGAGCCCAUGACUAGACUGUUCCAGGUCAGCCGCCAGCUCUUUAGAGGCAUUAUUUCCACAGUUUUAAAACCUUCUGUAAUAGAGGAUUUCUGAGGUAUGGAGGCUUCAAGAAAUAGGCCACAACAGGCAGUUGGCUUAUCUGCCACAACUGACUGUUUAUUACUAAAAUUCUGAAAAUGGAAGAAAAGAGAAAGUCACACCAAAGUCAGGGAGUCAACCACUUACUGACGGAACACAGAAAGUAUUCUACCUUUGGGGGAAUAUGAUAUAAACCAAAAAUGCAGCACUAAAAAAAAAUGUGCCACCCAGAACCAUAUCACCAUUGAAACAGGGAUACCAAUGUCUAAGGAGAUGGCCUCGCAUCCUUAAAUGCUCUUGUGCUUGGUAGCAACAGGUCCAAUGAAAAAAAGCAGGAAAUGACAAGUAGUUCUUUUGAAGCACUGAAGUCGUCAUUCAUUGGCUGAUUCAGGCUGUGUGGGCACCAAGAGUGUCUCACAGGUGAUUCUAAUUACCAGUUUGCAGUACACAACAAAAGCGAGUACGCCUCUGUGCAAUAUCACUCGAGCGGCAAAACUUUCACAAUUGCAUCACCUGUUAACGACUGCAUUAUUUCUAAGUUGACAAGUAGAGUAUUUCCUCUGCGAACAGUCAAAAACAAAUACAUUAGAAAGAUUAUAUAUAAAAUGCAGGGUCAAAAGUUUAAACUCACUGCAAAAAUAUACCUGUGACACAAAAUUGAGUACAUUAUUUUCAAUUGGUUUAACUGCAUGAACAUAGUUAGAAACUGUGAACACCUCAACUUCCUCAAUUUUAGACCAUUGGGCUGUGUCUAUGACGGUUACAUCAAUCUAUGGAAACACAACUGCAGGUAUAGAAUAAAUCAGUAAUUAAAGUCACGGUGUUUCUGUGACAGCGUUUAGUUUAUUUCAUUGAAUAAGAGCAAAUAUCUACUGUCCAGUUUAGAAGUUCUGCAGUUACUAUAGGGUGACAGUUUAAAAUCACUUAGCUUUUUAGUCGUAGUGCUCAGGGGUGCACUCACUUCUACUGUAUGUAUAUUGUAUAUCAGAUGAAUCAAAAGUGAUUAUUUUUUUCAAGCUGAUUUAAAAGGCAUCAGUACCAGUGUUGUGACAUUCCUUUGGAUUUCGCAGUUUUCUUUCCUCCUGAUUUAUAUACACAAAGUUUUACUAGAUUUGUUUUUUCAGGGAAUAAUCUACACAUUGUACACUACCGCUCUAAAGUUUGGACACAACUUCUCAUGUAAUGCUUUUUAUUUAUUUGUAAUAUUUUUGUACAUUGUAGAUUAAUACUGAAGAAAAACAGUGUUUUGUUUACAACAUAUUUCCAUGUGUACUCUUUUAUAGUUUUGAUGUCUUCAGUUUUAAUCUAUAAUGUAGAAAAUAAUUAAAUAAAAGCCACUGAAUGAGAAGGUGUGUCUAAGCUUUUGACUGGUAGUGUAUGUGCCAGUAACUGUGACGAGAAAUGUAAUUAUUAGUCUAUACAUGUACAAUGUCUUUUGAAAAUGUCUGCUGUUGUUAAACAAGAGCUGAAGAAGUGAUAACACCAUUGCAAACCUGA